AUGGUGCAGAUGAAGGUUAUCGGUGUUCUUCUCUUCGCGUUGUGUCUGAUUGUGCCUUGUAUUAACGCCGCGUCCACCAGCUUUCGCGCGUGCAGUUCGAAGGCCAAUUAUGCUGUCAACAUUAGUGAACUUGAUAUAGAUCCAUAUCCAAUUUCCAAAGGCAAAAAUACUAAGUUUCAACUCUCUGCAUCUACAGAUGAAGAAAUAUCUGGUGGGAAACUUGUAAUCGAUGUUUCUUACUUUGGAUUCCACAUCCGCACUGAGAAUCACAAUCUCUGUGAGGAGACCUCAUGCCCUGUUCCUGCUGGUGAUUUUAAGGUCACUCAUACCCAAGAGUUACCCGGCUAUACACCACCUGGCUCAUACUCGUUGCAAAUGAAGAUGGUGGACUCGAGCAACAAGGAAUUGGCCUGCAUUACAUUUAGCUUCAGCAUUGGUUUUGUAGCUGAAGAGAGCUUGGCUGAUAUUUGA